AUGAAGUUAACUGCGUGGAGUUUUGUGUCGUGCAUCCUGAUAGCUGUCUUCUUCUUAGCGGUUGCCACGUCUGCGUAUCCUGCCAGCAAUCCAGAGAUAAUGUAUAACUUGCAGGCGAUCGAGAAUAUGCGACAAAUUCCGCAGUGGCACUGCCUCCGCUACAGAAAAUUUGAUCUCGUGCGCCGCUGUCGGAAUUACCGUUUAGGAAGGAAACACUGA